AUGGAUUUUGCAAGAAAACAAUUGGAAAAGUAUGGUUGGACAGCAGGUAAAGGUCUCGGAAAAAAUGAAAAUGGAAUAUCAGAAGCCCUAAAACCAAAAAUUAAGAGGAGUGUAACUGGUGUGGGUCAUGAUCUAGCUUCUGAUUUUACAGAGCAUUGGUGGAAUAAUUUAUAUAAUAAAGCUGCUAAAAAUGUUGAGGUGGAAGAAGUUAAUGGCAAAGUAAAGAAAAUUAAGUGUAAGGAUAAAAACUUUGAAAUCACAAACAAUGCAUGGCAGAUGAAGAAAAAAACAAAAGGUGAAAGUUCAGAGAAACAGUAUGGUGAUUAUUUUGUAAAAAGUGCUAUUUUAAGUAAUGGUGGAUCUAAAAUUGAGAAUGUUAAUAAGUCUGAUUCUGAUGAUGAAGGACUUAUAAAGGAUAUUGUUAAAAUCACUGAUGAGGAAUUAUUUGCUGCUUGUGAAGGAAGAACAGCACAUAAGGGUGCCCGACAUGGAUUGAAAGCGCUUGGAAAAUUAGCCCGAAUAGAGCAACAAGAGAAAACGCUUUUAAAUCAAGCGAAAUACAAUGAUUACUCUCAUAAAUCUAAUCAAAAGAUAGAAGUUGAGCUCAAAAAAGUUGAUUCACAAGAAGAGAUUAAUACGAUUUUCAAUAAUGAACAGGUUGAGAAAAAAAAUAAAAAAAAGAUAAGAAAGAAUAUCCAUGAUGAAAUAUGCUAUGAAGUGUCUGUUACACCUACAUUUAUAAAAGGUUCAAUUGAUUGUUCGGAGGAAAACUCGCAAAUUAAAAUAUCAAAGCUUUAUAAAAAAAAGAAAAGAAAAAGGAAAAAUAAUUCUGACUUUGCUAUUGAAAAUAAUACAGAAGUUGAACAUAAUGUCUCAAAGAAAAAGAAAAAAAUAACUUCAGAUAAUUUGACUGCCAGGAGACUGACGAGGGUAGGAAAAUAUCUUGCUCUUGAUAAGUUAGCCACAUUUUUUAAUAUUAUCAAACAAAAUGGUGGAAUAAGAGGUUCUUUGUAUAAGUUAUACAGACAAGAUGAAUUAAAAGAUGGUGUGCUAGUUGGAGAGGAUAAAUUUGGUAACAAGUAUUUUGAGAAUCCGCGUUAUUUCUUCAGCCGUAACCGUUGGGUAGAAUAUUCUGACAAGUUUAACAUGGAUUAUGAUGGGAGUCAGGUUCCCGCUGAAUGGUUUGGCUGGCUUCAUUACAAAACUGAUCUGCCCCCACAUGAGGAUCCAAACCGGCCCAAGUACAAAUGGAUGCUUGAUUACAAUGAAAACAUGUCUGGAACCACCGGGCAAUUUACUCCAUACAGCACAACAAAGUCCAAGAUUGAACCAUGGAUUCCCCCACGUAAAAGCAGCGUC